AGGCCUGCUCGGUGGAGAGGAGGUUAGUAGUAGCGCUUCAGGACGAGAGAGCGGUCAGUCUGUUAGACAGAAGAACAGCUCCGAAAAUGAUGUACGAAUCAGAGGACGUUUUGACACAGAGAGCCCGGGCCUUCUCCAUCAACAACAUGCUGACCGGGUCCCCGCACGCGUUCCCGUUCCCGGGCUUCCCUAUGGCACAGGCCGCGCCCGCCCCGCCGCCAGACCCGUGCGCCUUCUCAGACCGUUUUGCGACGGACUUCCACAUGACAGCGGACCACAAGACGCAGCGCCUCGGGCUGGGACACCUCCCCGCCCCGCAGAACUUUCCUCCACCCUCCGCUCUCAAGGACAUGAAGGUCACCCUCGAACAGAAGGACCUCUGGGACAGUUUCCACGACAUCGGCACAGAAAUGAUCAUCACAAAAGCCGGGAGACGGAUGUUCCCCACCUACAAGGCCUCCAUCUCCGGUCUGGACCCGAACGCCAAGUACAUUCUUCUGAUGGACAUCGUACCCAUGGACGACAACCGCUACAAGUACCACAACUCCGAGUGGGUGGUGAGCGGGAAAGCCGAGCCCCUAAUGCCGGGCAGACUGUACAUCCACCCGGACAGCCCCGCCACAGGCACGCAGUGGAUGAAACAGAGCGUCACCUUCCACAAGCUCAAACUCACCAACAACGCCAUGGACCAGCAGGGACAUAUCAUCCUGAACUCCAUGCACAAGUACCAGCCCCGCCUGCACAUCGUCCAGGCGAACGAUGUCUACAGUCUGCGCUGGAACUCCUUCAGCACGUUCGCCUUCCCAGAGACCAGCUUCAUCGCUGUUACAGCCUACCAGAACGAGAAGAUAACUCAGUUGAAGAUCGACAACAACCCAUUCGCCAAGGGAUUCCGUGACAACGGCGGCAACCGAAGCAGGGAGCGCGCCAUCGUGAGCACCAAGCGGAGCGCGGACGCAGCAGGGGAGCCGGGUGACUCAGUUAGCAACAAGCGGCCGUGUACCGGAGAACAAACCGAGCGGAACAACAGACCUCCGAGCUGCGACUGCAGCGGCGUCGGGGAGGAGAGCGACGUGCCCCGAGGACCGGCCCAGUACAACCCGCCCGCCCAGGCCGACGACCUCAACCCGUGCGGCAACCCCCUCACCAUCGUCACCGACGACAUCGCCACUGACUUCGCCAAGGAGAGAUCCCCGGGCGUUCCACACGCUCUCGGCGGACAGGGAAGCGCCGCGCUCCCGACGAGAGACCAGGCGGCUCUCGGUAGUUGUCAGGGCGAGGACAUGAGAUGUCAGACGCGCACAGCCUGUGCACAAGACCCGCGCGACCUUCUCGCCUCCCCAGACAGCGCCGACUAUCACCAGCAGUACCAUCCCGGCGGCUACAGCGGUCAGGCCGCGGGGGACCCGACCGACACCACCGGCGUGCCGCUCGGCUACGGUACGGGCCCGUCCUUCCAAGAACUGUCCGUGCAAACAGACCUGGGUACCGCAGCCGACAUGGCCUCCGCGUGCAAAAACGACGCCGUCGGACUCAACGCUCCCGGGACGGCCGUCCUGCCGUCCUACCCCGCCGUCAGCUCCUUCCACACCGGUCUGCCCGUGUCCAACCCGCCCCUGUACGCCAGCGGCGGCACUCCGCCACAGAGGUCGUACGACGUGUACCCGACAGGUCUGUUCGCCGCCCCGACAGCGUACGAACCGCUGGACUACGCCACCACGUGUAAGAUGGCCGGGUUCUCGCGGAUGCAGAUGAGUGUAGCUCCCGCGCCGCAUCUCAGCCACUUCCCCACGUCCUCUGCCACCUCCAUGCCCGUCAACUUCCACGGCAUGUUCAACACGCACCCCAUGCCGGCGGCUUACCCUGGACACGCGGGCAAGUUUGCGGCUUAGACUUAAGGACGUUCUUACAAACAAAUUCUAGAAGAAGCCAUCAAUAUGCUAGUAUCAGUGUAGGUGCAGCUUACUCCAGUAUCACAUUUUAGUCCAGUACGCAACCAAAGGUCAAAACUUCUAUAGAAAGCUGUAUUUUAUCUAGACCAGAACUUUUGUGAAAGGAGUUACGUAUUGUCAUCAACGUUGUGACAGUUAAAUUUUAAGUUAUCAGUUCAGACAGUAUAAGUACCGCCAAAACCUACCUGUAAUUUACAAUGCCUUCUCUGCCUUUUUAUUUUGAAAAUAUCUGGAAGAAUAGACCCUCACUAAUGUAAUGUGUUACAACCUGAAAAAGUAGUUAUAUAUAGUAGUUUUGUACAUGUAAGUUAUUGGACUCCACAUGGUGUUAUUAUCCAUAUUAUGCAGGUCAAGUGACAAGCGUUUUCAAUCAUUGUGUCAACUGGAAUGUUGUAAACCCGUGUCAACAUCUGACAAACAAACUACAUCGUAUAGAUAGAAACUCUAUCUUGUGUUUGUAUAAAAUGUGACAACACUGCAUAAUCUCAGAAACAAAGAAGGUAAAAUAUGUAUUUAACAAGACGAGUUUCUGUUACAUGUAGUUAGAAACAGUAAGCAAGAAAAAUGUACAUAUAUGUUUGUUCCAAAAGCCCGAAGGCUUGACGUGUUUUGACCACUUAGCUGAGACCCGCUGAGAAAGAAGGCCGCCGGUCUGACAGUUAAAGUGUCUGAUAGUUGAAAAUCUACCUCGUAAAUUAUGUUGCGUUUGAGUGGGUAGAACUUACCUGUAUACAAAAGUGUGUCUGUAACUGUUAUAUAUGAUGUGUAUCGUUCUGCCGAAGACUUCUGUAUAUAUUGAAGAGAAAGAUAUUGGAGAUAUGUAUUACGUGUAUGACUAUGAACGCUUUCGUGAGCGCUUCUUUAUGUUUGUUUAUUUUUUGUUCUUUUUGAGACUUUCUUUGCACUGGAAGAAUUACUCAGGUGAAGGAUAUGCACAACAUCCAUUAGAAUAGUAUUUUAUUUAUGUCUUUCUUCAUUGAAUAUUCUAAGAGAGGCGUCGCAUUGUACAGGGAUUGUUGUGUUGUCUCUUUUGACCAUGUACUUUGCGAUGUAUUUAUAUUUAUUUUUGUACAAGUUUGUUGUAUCUUUGCCUUUGAUGAUGACAAUACAUGCUAUUGUGGUGAGAAAAAUA